AUGUCUCUCGAUUCUUCUCAACAAACCUCAGCAGUAACUAAUAAUAGCAACAAUGUUGCUGAUUCAAAUAAUAAUAAUAACAAUAUCUCUAGUAGCCAUCACCCAAACGAGCAUCAACAACAAGAACACAUGAAUACGCAACAACACCACCAUAGACUUCAAGAUGACGAAGAAGAUACAGAUUCUGACGAGAAUAUUAUUCAACAACACCAACAUCAAUCAGCACAAAACGAUACGAGCGAUAGAGUCCUUUUCGUAUUCAAUUUAACAGUUGAUACCAAGGAAGAGGACAUUAAUCGCGAAUUUGAGAAGUAUGGUAAAGUUGAAAAAGUGUCCAUAGUGAUGGAUAGAAAGAGACUCAUCAACAGAGGCUUCUGUUUUGUAACAAUGUCAACAGGUGAAGAAGCUAAUCGAGCACUUGAAGCCAAAGUUGUAGUGAGAGGACAACAGCUGACCGUUGAAAAAGCCGCACGGGCUGAAGGUCAUAACUCUACUCCUGGCCAAGGAUACCAAGGCAAGAGAACACCAAGAGAACGUCUCAUGCCAAAAUCCAUGCGCCACGGUGACAAGGACCAUUCAAGGUCGAGAGGAGGAAGAGACGGAGGUCGUAGAGGAGGUGGAAAGAGCUCCUAUCGAGACAGCAGUAGCAACAGUAGUAGGGAUAGAAGUUCUCGAGGGAGUGGUGGUGGUCGAGGACGAAACAAUGCACUUCCUGGAUAUCCACCACAUCAUCUUCCACCACAUACAGCAGGUCAACCUCCCUAUGGAUACUAUGAUUAUUAUUACGGAUAUCCAUAUGCUUUACCACCAGGAGGAAUUUCUCCUUCAAUCGAUGAACAGCAUGCAUCAACAGCAGGAGGCAUUCCACCAAGAAAUGCAGCCACUAAUGGUAAGGAUCCAUCAAGACAAAUGCCACCAGGCCUUAGUACUCCUCCGACAACAGGAUUUUCUCAGCCACCUUACGGUACUGGAGCAUAUCCACCUGGAGGCUAUCCACCAUAUUCUGGAUAUCCACCUUACGGAGGUUAUCCUUACAGUUAUUAUCCACCUUAUGGAUAUGACUACUAUGGAGGUCCAGGAAUGCCCGGACGAGAAGAUCAUGAAGGGGGCAAUAACGCCUCUCCACCACAACAUCAUCCAGGUGGUGCUUCCUCUAGGAGUGUUGGUGGCUCUGCUGGCAAUAACAGACCUUCACCGCAACGUGGUGGCCCAGGUAGAUUUUAUCCCUCGUCAAAUUACAGAUAUCAUCCAUAUCCUUCAGUUUCUGAGGGAGGUGUUGCUUCUGGCUCGUCACAUCACAAUGCAGGAGGCUCGGACUAUGGAGAUUCGCCUUACAACGCUGGUGUCUAUGGAGGAGGUUAUCCCAUUGAGAAAUAA